AUCUUCUCCAUUGUGGUGUUUGGCUCCAUUGUCAACGAGUGCUACGUGAACAAGGACAGUCAGAACUCAGAGCUGCUCUGCAUCUUCAACGAGAAUGAGAGUGCCUGCAGCUAUGGCAUUGCUGUGGGUGUCAUUGCCUUCUUUGGCUGCAUCUUCUUCUUCGUUGUGGACCUCUACUUCCAGCAGAUCAGCAGCGUAAAGGAUCGCAAACGGGCUGUGCUGCUGGACCUUGGCUUUUCAGGUUUCUUGUCCUUCCUGUGGUUUGUAGCCUUCUGCUUCCUGGCAAACCAGUGGCAGAGGACGACUAUGAGCAGAGGGUUCUCGCAGGGUGCGGAUGCUGCACGUGCAGCCAUCACCUUCUCCUUCUUCUCUAUCAUCAUCUGGGUGGUGCUGGCGGUGAGAGCCCUGCAGAGAUAUCGCCUGGGGACAGACAUGUCCCUGUUUGCCACCGAGCAGUUCCCUGCUGAGCCCAGCGCUCCCUACCCUGCAUACCCCGCGGGCAGCGGCGUGGAGAGCACAGACACCUACCAGAGUCCUCCCUUCACCCAGAGCCUAGAGGCCAACCCCAAAGGUUACCAAGUGCCAGCGUACUGA